AUGUCCAACGUAUACCCUCAAGAGAUCCGCAUUUCUCGCUAUGCCCUCGCUUCGUUUCGGCAUCUACACAUUCCUAGUUGUCACUCUCCUCUUCCCUUCUCAUUCCAGACCUAUUUGGAUUACAUUCACAUUCGCAAGGAGGAGGGCGGGCGCACGCGCAACAAAGGGGCAGCGCUGCGGUCGCAAUCACAGCCGCUGGCCGCAUCUGGUGAUGCUGACGAUGCCAACUUCGAUGCUGCCUACUUCUCACCAGAGCAGACCGUGUCAGCGGCCAAGGCAGGCAUCAUUGCCAGUAUCACCGCUGAACCACCAUCCCUGCUCGCCUGCGCCAACCUCAACCCCUUGUACAUGCCAAUGCCAUCCAUACAUGUGCCUCCCCUCUUCCCACACCAGCAGCAGCACGAUACUGCUGCUGAGGGAGGUGCAGUCUUAUGCCCUGCCGCUCGUCCCUUCCCUCCCCCGACCAACAAUCAGUUCCCGCCCCAGUUUGGUCUCUCCCCCUCCCCGCCAAAACCCACUCAGGAUGACUGUGUGCUCGCAAGAAGCGGCAUGGUGCUUGUGUUCGGGGAGGUGCAUCCAGAUGCCCUGCCCCUCUUCCCUUGA